UGUGUAGAUGAAAGCAAAAAGCACGCACCAACCACCGGGAAUACAUACAAACACUAAAAAUGAAUUAAUUUCACAAGAUAAUUUAGAAGCUUGCUGCUGCAAUGGCCAAUGUAUUUACAAGACGCUACCGUCGGCCGCGCACUACGACGUUGUCGGACUUUUCGUGCACGAAUGAGCAGACCAAGCCGAGGUUCAUACCGAGGAUUUUCUCACCAACACGGCGGCAGAAUCCUCAUUCGAUAGGUCUUGUUUAUCAGAGUCCUUACAACAAGGACAGCCAAACGUUUGGGAUCUGGAGCCCAGAUUUCAACCUCAUCCGAUCCCGUUUCCCAGAGAUGUUGAAUCAUAUGCAAACGACAAACUGGACUUGUAGCCAUGACAAACGGGAAGUGUUGUUGUCGAGAGCACCAAGUGGCAAACCACCUGAGAUUCGCUACACAGUGAAUUCCACCUCGCGGCAGAGCUACAUGGAACCAGCCAGCACGUUCCCACAACUUACCGACCCAAAGCAGACGACCACUCGCUUCGGCAGCACGCCUUACGCCUGCACAGUGCCCGCCAGGGGAAUCGUUCCUAACGUUCUACCUCCUAUCACCGCAUGCGAUCCAGACAGAGAAAAACUGACUCAGAAGCUCUAAUACAGAUUCACGAUGAGGUAGCUUGGAAAGGACUCUUUAUACUUUCGGGAAAUAUUUUCACUGACAGAAUAACAUACAUUUCCUUGCUUUAGAUGUUUAACAAGCUGAAUAGAAAGACAACUAAUGUGUCUUACACCCGCCACACGCCUUUUCGAUUCGUCUCGCUGUCACUAGACUGAUCUGACCAUAUUCUGAUGUUGAAAAGAAACCUGAGUUAUUUUUUGUACAUGAUUUCAGCGGAACCGAUGUCAAAAGAAAGGUUGGGCAUCACCCCGACUCCAUCCGAUGAGACAGUUAUGAUAACUAAUAAAACUCACGAAGAAAGCCCCAGUAGAAAUAGCAGACGCGGAUCCGCGGUGGGGGGAGGGGGGUCGAACCCCCCGCUCUGAGACAAAAAAAGGUCACAAGACUAGGAAAAUAAUAGAAAAAAAGAACUAAAGUAAAUUCAAAAAAAAAGACAGCAUCCCUCAGAUUGUUUUGAUGUGUACACCAAUGUAGACAAUGUAUGUCGUGUUUCAUCAUUGUUUCCGCUUGUUCGCAAAAAUGGGAUAUUAAAAAAAAUCUCUGGACUUACACCCCUAUGAAAAUUCCUGGAUCCGCCCCUGAAUAGAUGACUGUCUCAUUAACACUUGACUGCUUAUCAAGUGGCCGACUAUCCAACAAAAACCAGCUAUGUGCAGGUAACACUGCGAUCUGCUGCAACACUGAUUUAAAUAAAGUGCAUUACACUAGACUAGUGAUGCAGUGUCCGGUGAACCGAUCAAGUCGGAAAGGUGUGCGGCGGGCUUGAAAUAUUCUCGGCGACUGGCGAAAUACAAUUUCGUAUGUAAUAAUAGGUUCAGAAAAAGAUAAAUUUAUUGGCGUGGCUCUUUUUAUUUAAAGCGCCACCAUUUCUGCCAGAUAGGGUAGCGAGUCUUGAGGAACUACUGGUAAUAUAUUUUCCUGUACAAAAAUCAUUCACUGUUGAAUGUCAUGUGUAUAUCUUUUGUGUGUUUUUUUAUAUGAACAACAUUACGAUUCUAAGUACAUUAUUACGAUUACAUAAAAACAUUAAUACAAUUCUACUUAUUUCUCCGUACUACAACCAUGGAAACAGGUAGGCCUACGUCGAAAUCAAAAUUACAAGAAAUAAUAAGAAAACCAAGUCUAAUCUAAGAAUAAACAAGCCUAGAUUUCAAAUAAAAUGUAAUGACUGUGGCUACUGUU